UAAAGAUACAGGAUCAGUCUCAGGCCAAGAACCUGGCAACCCUAGCACAGUAUGAUAGCUUCACUUGUUUGAUAUUUAUAGUUUCCUUUGGAAAGGUUGGAGCUGACUGAGCUUCUAUCCUUUGGCAGCUGGUACUUUACUGCUCUUUCACUAUGUUGCCUUACAUGAGCCUCUUACUUAACAGGGUAAAGUCCAGCACGCUGUUUACUAUGUUUGGCUAUAAAUAAAUGAAGUUCUUAAACCGUCUGCGAGCUUCAGGAUGAAGUGUUGGUAACCGGACAACAGCAAAGAGAACUACAGUAUGGCUGGACCUGGGUUGCUGUCUGUUUAUGCUUUGCGCUUGGGACCAGGAGAAGAAAUCCUUACGUCCUUGGUAAAAUUUGUGGGAGAGAAAAAGUUAAAAUCUCCCUUUGUCAUGACUUGUGUGGGGAGCAUCACCAAAGCAACACUGAGACUGGCAAAUGCCACAGCGUCCAAUACUAAUAAGAUUAUUCACCUAAAUGAGAGGUUUGAAAUUGUCUCCUUGGUUGGGACUCUGAAUGAAGCUCCUCACCUACACAUCUGCUUGUCUGACAAAGAUGGGAAGACUAUUGGGGGACAUGUUGUAAGUGACCUGGAGGUUUUCACCACAGCUGAGAUAGUGGUUGGAGAAUGUGAUGGCCUGCAGUUCACUCGGGAGAUGGAUGGCAGUACAGGCUUCCCAGAACUUGUUAUUAGCUCCUGCUCUGAAACAGCGUAGCAGUCCCUGUGCUGUAAAUUAUGUCCCCCCUUUGCACCAAAAAGUGGAUUAAAUAAAUGGGGCUGGACCAUGCAUUUUUUGCUCUUAAACUGGAGCUUAUUGAUCCGGGCAUAUUUUCACUUGGAGAAUAAGGCAAUCCUUCAAUGGAAGGACAAAAUAAAAUAAUUUCA